GUGCCCAAUUAACGAUGAUCAACUGAUACACGAUACAACCCUUGCAUCAUAAAUCUGUACCCGGGAUUAAAGCUGUGGGUACAUCCCCAGUUGUCGUUCCUUAUGAGAUCGCUUUACCGUCUCAGUGACUCGAAACCGCGGAGGCAUUGUUCAAAUUUUUACUAUUGUAUCACGGCAAUAUUGCUUUCUUUCGGGUUGUCUUAAUUGCAGAACAAUUUCAAGUCCCAGACAUUGCACUACUUUGGAUAAUGCUAUCAUCCUGUGAGCGAUAACAAGUCUUGUAUGUAUCACCAUGCCGAGGGUUGUAUAAAAUGCAAAAUCAAGUAACAGUGCAGCCUUAUACAUGUAAUGUUUGUGAGAAAUCCUUUCUACAAAAGGGAGAUUUGGUAAAUCACAUGAGGAUCCAUGCAGGAGAGAAACCAUAUAAUUGUGAAAUAUGUGAUAAAGGCUUCAACAACAACUCUAAUUACAAGAGACACAGGAGGGUCCACACCAAGGAGAAGCCUUACAGCUGCGAAAUAUGUGGAGAAAACUUUGGUUACAACAGCACUUUAGUAAAUCAUAUGGCAAUACACAGUGGUGAGAAACCUUUCCAGUGCAUGACUUGUGAUAAACUAUUUUCCAGGAGUUAUUGUUUAAAAGAACAUAUUAAAAUUCACACUGGUGAAGUGACCCGUCGCCAUGAAAACGACAAAAAACGCAAAAAGUCUACAGAUAGAGAAAAACCAUUAAAAUGUCAGGUCUGUAAAAAGGGUUUCUUUUAUAUGAGUGAAUUAAAGAGUCAUCUUCGGGUUCACACUGGGGAAAGACCAUAUCAAUGUGACAUUUGUAACAAAGGGUUUUCUCGUAAAAGUGAUUUAACGAACCACUUAAAAACACACACGGGAGAAAAACCCUAUUCCUGUGAUAUCUGUGAGAGGAACUUUGGUGAACGGUCAACAUUGAGUCGUCACAGAAGAAUUCACACUGGCGAGAAACCAUUUCAGUGUGUUGUUUGUGGGAAAGGGUUUGUGUCAAGUGAUUCUCUGACUGGACAUCUCAGAGUUCACACAGGGGAAAAACCUUUCAGUUGUGAAAUCUGUGGUCAGAAUUUUGCAGAUAGAUCUACUUUGAAAAGACAUGGCCUGCGACACACGGGGGAAAGACCAUUCCACUGUGAAAUUUGUGGAAACAACUUCUCCAGGAAGUCAACGUUGAACACACAUCUUCGGACACACAAUAGUGCCCCCUUAUGAUAAUUCACAUAUGAAGGGCAUCCAGCCUUAAAAACCAUAUCAAAAUAAACAGAUGAGCACAAUGCAGUCCCUGGACCUGUUUGAUCCUCUCGGACCAGCCGACCCAUUCCAGCAUGGAACAUGGAUAAUAAAUGAUGAUGAUGACAUGAUACAGUCUCUUGCCUUGCCAUGAAAUAAAUUCAAUAAGUU